AUGGACUCACUUUUUGGUCUCUCCAAAAUGAUGUCCAGAUGGAUGUGCAUCCACUUGCUUCACCUCCUCAACUUCACUACUUCAUCACACUGGUGCUCCAUGUUGUUCAUCAACAAAGUAUUUGAAGCUGGAAGCUGGGAUGUUUCUCUUCCCCCUUCUCCAACUCCCCCAUCCAACACAGAGCAAGAACAAGCUGCACCUCCUGCACUUUCACUUGCAACAGGCAGCAGCACAAUCCUCCCUUCUCCUGUCACUUGCCCAAUCUUUGCAAGGAUAUCAUCCAUUGUGACCUCAGCAGGUCAUUCUUCCCCACCAGUUCAAGGUACACUGGCUUCAAGAAACAUACCUUUGGGAGAAGAAAGCUCUCUUGCUUACAGGAGCUGGAACACUGCUGAAGGACAUCAAUGCAAUGAAUCCUUUUCCUCUCUGCAGUCUUACAUGUCUCAGGUUGCUCUGUCAGCCAAGUAUCCUUGGUUUGAGAAGAUGCACAAGAUGAUGAACAAACACAUGUUGGCAGACCUGGCUGUCCUCCUCACAACACCUAGCCUGGUUGUUGCUGGCAACAAGGAUUCCAAUCAUGUGCUGCCCAGUGGCAAUCCCGUGGAGGAAUCCAGCAAUGCAGACCUUGACCAUGCAGUGCAUGCCUGCAGCCUGCCCCCACUACAUGACCUGGUGGAUGCUGCUCCCAGGAAUGCUGGAGAUUACCCCAAUUUUGACAUCUCAACACCACCCCCACAUCUCAUCCAAUCAGAUGCCCUUGUCUCAAAUCUCUUGAUGUUCUCAAACUGGGCCUCACCUUUGCAACCAAAUGGCUACAAGCACAAGCAUAGCAAUGUUGAACAGAAGCAGGAUUCCCUUGCAGAGGCUUUCUAUCAAUCUUUGAUAGAAAGCCUAUCAAUUUGCCUCAAGCUUGCACAGGAGCACACCAAGCAAGAAGCACAGCACACCAAGCAGGAAGAAUUGUGGUUACAGCAUGAGCACAUGGAAAGGAAGUGA